CGGGCAGGAGGCGGCAGGCGGCGGCGCGGCGUCCCGUUCUCCCGGAGCGGACACUACAUGCUGAUAGUGAUCGGGGAGAUCGGCACCGAGCUGCAGCUGGACGCCGCCAGGACGCUCCUAGAGCGGGGGAUCCGGUCCUGGGACGUGGACCUGAAGAUCUGUGAUCUGGACCAGCAGCUGCAGCUGUUCAUCACCCGGCACUCGGCCCACUUCUCCUCCGAGGUCAGAGGACAGAGAACCCUCCACCACAGGAGUGAUGUCUUAGAGACCGUCGUCCUCGUCAACCCAGCAGAAGACACCGUGGUCUCAGAGAUCCAGUCUCUGGUCACGGACUCGGCAGGACACAAGCUCCUGGUCCUGAGUGGACAGAGCUCGGAUCACGGUGGCCUCCUCCUUCAGACCGGAGUCUUCACCUCCCAGAGCUUCUCCAGAGCGUUAACUGAUCCUGGGGUCAGUGACUUGUUGGGUGGCUCGGCCCCGAAGCAGCAGGCGACUCUGACCGUGUGCUGCCGCGGGGAGGCGGGCUGGAGCUCCGUGGGCCAGCAGGAGCGCCUGCGGGACUUUCUGGAGUACAAACUGAACCCUGAGUCCGUUCUGCCCAAGAUGGAGGGCGUCACCGAGUUCACGGAGUACAUCUCCGAGACGGUGGACGUCCCGUCGCCCUUCGACCUCCUGGAGCCGCCCACGUCCGGCGGCUUCCUCAAGCUGUCCAAACCCUGCUGCUACAUCUUCCCCGGCGGGCGCGGCGACUCCGCCCUCUUCGCCGUGAACGGCUUCAACAUCCUGGUGGACGGCGGCUCCGAGCGCAAGUCGUGCUUCUGGAAGCUGGUCCGCCACCUGGACCGCAUCGACUCCAUCCUCUUGACGCACAUCGGCGCCGACAACCUGCCCGGCAUCAACGGGCUCCUGCAGAGGAAGAUCGCCGAGCAGGACGAGGAGCAGUCCCAAGGAUCCGUCAACUACAGCGACUGGAUGAAGAACCUGAUCUCGCCGGAGCUCGGCGUCGUCUUCUUCAACGUGCCGGAGAAGCUCCGCAUGCCCGAGUCCAACCUCAAAGUGAAGCGCAGCAUCGAGGAGGCCUCGCUGACUCUGCAGUAUCUCAACAAACUAGGAAUCAAACCGGAGCCGCUGUUUCGGGUGGUCAGCAACACCAUCGAGCCCAUCACGCUGUUCCACAAGAUGGGCGUGGGACGGUUAGACAUGUACGUCCUGAACCCCGUCAAAGAUAGCAAAGAGAUGCAGUUUUUGAUGCAGAAGUGGGCCGGAAACAGCAAGGCCAAAACGGGCAUCGUCCUGCCCAACGGGAAGGAAGGAGAGAUCUCUGUGCCCUACCUGACGUCAGUUACAGCCUUAAUUGUCUGGCUUCCCGCCAACCCUUCAGAGAAGAUCAUCAGAGUGCUGUUCCCCGGGAACGCACCACAGAACAAGAUCCUGGAGGGGCUGGAGAAGCUAAAGCACCUUGACUUCCUGCGCUACCCCGUAGCCACGCAGAAGGACAUCGCCUCCGGAGCUGCUCCCUCCGUCAUCAAACAAACCAAGUUAAAACAAAGAACGGACAGCAAAGAGAGCCUCAAGUCGUCCCCGAAGACUACAGCCAAGGCCUCGAAGAAAGAAGCCGAAGGGCAGGACGACGUGUCCGCCGCCACCGAGGCAAAGAGCGACUCCGUCAAGGAGAAUGUCUCAGAGAAGAAAGAGGAGAAAAAACCCACAAAAACUAUCAAAUCUAAGAGUGAUGUGCCAGAGAAGAAAAAACUGCUGAAAGAAAAAUCCUUAAAAAAGCACUCGAAAGAGAGGGUGUCAAAAAUGGAUGAGAAAAAGGACAAAGAGAAGAAAGAGAUCAAGAAGGUAAAGAAGGACGACUUGGCUAAAAAGGAUGAAAAGAAAGACAUGAAGUCCAAAGAGGACAAGAAGAAGGACGCGUCCAAACCAGAGCUGAGGAAAAUCACAAAGCCUGACCUGAAGCCGCUCACGCCUGAAGUCAGGAAGACGUUACACAAAGCUAAAGUGUCGAGUAAAGCAAAGGCAGGAAAAACCAAAGCGCCGAAGGUUUUACCUGCUGAGCCGAAACCAGAGGAGCCGAAACCUGAAACUAUUCAACCCGAACCGACAGAGAACGGAGCCGUGGAGGCGUCGGUGCUCUCCACCCCAGAAGACCUCACCAAGGAUUACGAGGAUAUGAAGAAAGAUGAAGUUGUCGCUGUAUCAGCGGAGCCUCCAGACAGCUCUGAGCCAGCAGCACAAAGCGUUCCCCUGGAGAAGGAGGAGGAGGAGGAGAAGGAGGAGGAAGCACAAGAAAUUAAAUCUGAAACUCCCCCUGCUGCUAAGUCUCCAGAAAAGGAGGCAAAGGCCCCAGAAGCAAAACCUGAAGUCAAAGACGAGGAGGCGACGCAGGAGACAGAAAUGGAAGACGCUCAAAAGUUUGAAGAUGAAGGAGCAGCAAGUCAGGAGGAGGACGAGGAGGAAGAGGAGGAGGAAGAGCCUGCUGCUGCUCCUGCUGCUGCAAAGAAACCAGCCGAGGAGGAGGAGGAGGAGGACAUGGGUAUCGGUGAGGAAGAAGAUGAAAUGAAGGAGGCGAAGGACGACGGGCUGGACAGGAAACACGAGAUCGAAGAAAUGGAGAAGUCGGAAAUCCUUUCAGCUAAAGUUGUGACAAAAGAGGAGCUGCAGAUGAUUCAAACCAAGGAGGAAGAAGAGGAGGAGGAGGAGAAGGCCGAGCUGGAGGAGGUGGAGGAUUUAGACGUGAUAGCAGACGAAGAGAUCAAACCUGAACACGCAGCUGAAGAACAGAUGGAAAGCAAAACCGCUGAAGAAGAAGAGGAGGAGGAGGAGGAGGGCUACCUGUCGCAUGUCGGCGGCGCCACCGCUCCCAUCACCUCCGUGAUCGCAGGAGCAGCUGCCUCCGCCGAACCGAUCUCCUACAUCCAGGACGAGACCAUCCCCGGCUACUCCGAGACAGAGCAGACCAUCUCCGACGAGGAGAUCCACGAGGAGGCGGAGGAGAGGAUCCCGCACCUGCAGUACGACGUCGGCUCCUACGAUGUCUCCGUCCCCGACCAGACCGAAUCCUUCGUCAACAUCCACGGCAUGCGGGAGAUGCAGGCGGCGGGCGCGCUGACGGAGAAGAGCUUCAUCCCCGGCGUGCAGGAGCAGGUGUCGGCGUUCACCAACAUCAUCACGGCGCCGCUGGCCGAGGAGGAGCACGUCUCCUCCGCCACCUCCAUCACAGAGUACGACAAAGUGUCCGACUUCCCCACGUCCAUCGCCGAGGAUCAAUCCGUGGCGUCUGUAGCGGCGCCACCCACCGAGGAGCCGCCGAAGAGCCCGGUGACCCCGCCGGACGCCACCCAGAGCAAAGAGCAGCCUCGCUCUGCAGGAACUCUCUCUCCACCUUCUCUAGAAGAAGACAAACAGACCAAGUCUCCAUCUGAGGAUUUGCAGCUUCCCAUCUCCGAGGCGAAGACGCCGGCUGAAGCUCGCGAUGAAGAGGAGGAAGAGGAAGAAGAGGAGGAAGAAGACCAAACUCCUAAUGUUGACAUCUCACUGGAGAAACUCCAAGAAGGCUACGCUACGUCUCAGCGCCAAGAGACGGAGACAAAGAAGAUUUCUGACGCCAAACCGGUCCACCUCCCAGUGGAAGAGGAGAACAUCGACGCCGUCGCACCUAAAGACGUUUCGUCUGUCGUGCCUACGAGACCUUUCGGAUCCGACUCGGUGACUUCGGAGAGCGAAGAUCGCUGCUUCAGCCCCGACGACAUCACCGUGAAAAUGGCGUCCCCUCCUCAGUCCGGCCCCCCGAGCCCGGCUCACUCCCCGCUCCGCCAGUCUCCGGUGGAGGAGAAGACGAAGACGGACGAAGCAGAAAAAGACGUCGACAAACAGAAAGAAGAUCAGCUGGAAUUAGUUUCAACGUCGCUGGAUGAUUCGUUUGACGUAAAAGAGGCUCCAGAGACGAAGGAGGCAGAGAAAGACACGUCGUUAGUGCCAAAAGAUGAAGGAAAACCAGCAGAAAAGAUCCCGCCGACAGAAGCUCAGCCGUCCGUCACACAGAGGGAUUCCCUCGUCCCCGCUGGAGGAAGUGAUGAAGAGGAAAAAGAACCUAAAGUGCCUGUUCCAGGUAAACUUCCACAUGAUGAUGACGAUGAUAAAAAGGAUGAUGACGACGAUCACGAUGACAAAUCUGCAGUUAAAAGCGUCAAAGCGGAACCGGAGAGAGAAAAGGAUGUCGAACAAAUCAAGGAUGAACAAAAACAGAAAUCUGUCACCCAGGAAGACUCUGUCUCUGCCAUCACGUCCAUCACGGCUCAGAAAGCAGAGAGAGAGGCAGUAAAGGAGGAAAUAUCUGACAUGAAACCCAUCACAGAGGACACUGUCACUCCUGAUGGAGCCAUUAAAGCCGAACAGAAAGAGCCGGAAAAAGAACCUGAAGUGAAAACUACUAAAGAAGCAGAGAUGGAAACUGCUGCUCCUCAGGUCAAACAAAUUACAGAUGAACCGAAGCAGAAAGAUGAUGAUUCUGACCUCAAAAGCAAAGGUGAGGUUAAAGAAACUGAGGUUGAUGUGGCUGACAGAGAGAUCCUAAAAGAGGAGACAAAGACAGAGACAGAACAGGCUGAUAAAUCUGGUAUUAGCCCCAUAAAGACGGAGGAGAAAGACAUGGAAAAGGUCGACGCCACAGAUAUCAAACCUGUUAAAGACGAGGUGGAGAAACAGGUAAAGAAGGACGAAACGCCCGUUACUGAGCCGACUAAAGAUGAAAAGAAAGAAGAAACAUCUGAUAUCAAAGUGACUGAAGACAAAAAAGAGGAAAAAGAGACGGAAAAGAUUGACAUUUCUGCUCCCAAGCUCAUUCCAGAUGAGCAGAAGGAAAAAGAGAAAGACAUCACUGUUUCUAAACUCACCAAAGAAGAAGAAAUUAUUAGUGAUGGUGAUGCAUCUGCUGCAGAAAAGAAGCAGGAGGUUUCUAAAGAUGCUCUCAGUGUCUCCUCGCUGCAGGAAAAAGAUCCUACAGCGAGUAAAGAUGAAACUCCUGCAGCCAGACCGAGCACAGAGCCAGAAAAAGAGAAAGAGAUGAGUAAAGAGGAUAUUUCUGACACCAAACUGUCCCCAGAGCAGGAAAAAGAUGAGACAACAAGCAAAGAUGCUGCUGAACUCUUCAAACCUGCUGCAGAAGACAAGAAGGAAGAUGUUAGGAAAGAGGAAACUGCUGCUAUAAAACUCACCGAGGCAGAAGAAAAAGACAAACUGCCAAGUAAAGACGAAGCUAUUAAACCAACUGUGGGAGAAGAAAAGGAGCAAGAGGACAGUAAAGAUGAACUAACCAAGAUGGAGGAAGAGCGUGUCUGUAAAGAUGAUGAUUUCUCUGCAGCAUCAACUAAAGUAGACACUAAAGAGACACCUGAAGAAGCUGUCAAACCCAUCACAGAGGACAAAAAGCUGCAAGAAACAGACUCUUCUGCUGUCAAACCUGCAGAGAAGGAGGAAGAAGAAGUAAAGAAAAGCCAAGAUAUUCUCACAGUCCAAACAUCCAAGGAUGAAAUUGUCACUAAACCUGCCACACAAGAUGAAAAGGAGAAAGAAAUCAGUAAAGAUAUCUGUGCUGUCAAAUCAACGACAGAGGAAGAAACCAAGAAAGAAGCAGAUAAAGAGGAAACUUUCACUGAGAAACCUUCCAAGGACGAAGAAGCAUUAAUUCAGGAUGACAGUGUUGCUCCCAAACCCACCAAGGAGGAAAAAGAUGCAGAAAUAAUUAAGGAGGAAAUUUCUGCCACCAAGGAGGAAGAAAUCAAAGACAUAGCCGGGGUAAAACCUGCAGAGGAAGAGAAGAAAGUAGAGUCAAAAGAUGUGCAAAUCAUCAAAGAUGAGACAAAAGAAAUCCAAAAGGAUGAAAAAGAAACUAAAGAGGAUAAAAUGGAGAAGGAGAAAGAAAAGAGUUCUGAUGAUUCUACUGUAAAAACCACGAAAGACGACAAAGAGGCGGAAAAAAGUGACAUAUCUGACAAACAGAUAAAAUCAGAGCCAGAAAAGGCAGAUAUCUCUGAUUCCAAACCAGUUCUGGAGGAAAUUAAGGAUAAAGAGACUGAAAAAGAUGAAUCCAAGAAGGAGAAAGACACAGACUCAAGUGUGGACAAACCCCAGGAACAGAAAGAGAAAGAGAAAGAACCGUCUAAAGCUGAAACCAUCGAAGACAAACAUGAAGCUGAAUCCAUCAAACAGGAGACAGAGAAGGAGAUCUUCAGCGCCAAAGACGAGGAAAAAGGGAAAGACGAUUAUCCCUCUGAGUCUGAAUCUAAGAAGGACGAUAAAAAAGCUGUAGAUCUUCCCGUCUCUCAGGCUUUAGAAACUAAAAAAGAUGAUAUUUGUGGCGUCAGUGAUACGCAGAUACACGAAGAAACUCCUGAUAAGCUCGCAGGAACUCAGAAAGAGAAGGAAACUUUUGGUGCUACAUCAAUCGAGAUGAAGCAAGAGGCGUCAAGUGAAGAGCUGAAACCAGCCAAAGAUGACAUUUGUGUGUCUCCAGGCCUCAUCCAGGAGGAGCAGGACAAGGAAUCAAAGGUUAUCAUCGGUCAGGAAGAGAAGAUGGAGAAAGAGAAAGAUGACACACAUGUCGCCGAACUGAGCAAAGAACAGAAAAUGGAAAAAGAGCAAGAAAAGGAAUACACCUACGAGACUGAAGACGAAAAGACGAAACCAGACGAGGAUGAGAAGACGGUGAAGGGAAAGGAUGCUGGUGACAAAAAGACGGAUGAGAUACCUGAUGCAGACCACACCAAGGAGGAGAAAUGGGAGAGAGAGGAGUUACAGGAGAAAGACUUAGCUGCUAAACAACCUGCACAGACGGACGCAGCAGCCAAGUCAGACUACAAACCUGCAUUCGUGGUUCAGUCCUCAGAUGAAGACAGGGAGGAUGAAGAGGAGGAGGACAUCUGUAUGGGAGGAGCCGGCUCCAGACCUUUAUCAGUGGAGCCCAGGAAGUCAGACCACGACAUCUCGUCUGCAGGCCUGCCCCAAAAACAACCGACAGCCGAGCAAACUAAACCGGAGCAGCCGACAGUGAUCAUACCAACACUCACCAUGCAGGAGCCGUCCAUCGACGAAGACUUCAGGGACUUUGGCAAAGAAGAGAAGAGAGUUUCACCUGAAGUCGACAAAGACGUGAAAACAGAAACUGCACCGCUCGCCAAGCCCGAGCCCUCGUUUGAUAUCGCCACACCAAAGGAGGAGACAGCCACUAAACAAGAAACAGCAGUGAAAGAAGAACCAGCGACAGACUCGGCUGAGAAAAAGCCUGUGUUGUCGACGGUUUCGAGCACCGACAGUCAACCGAGGAGCUCCACGCUGUCGAGCACAGAGAGUCAGUCCAGUGUGGAGGAACCGCCGCAGCAAGAGAAACAAACACCAUCCGGAGUCGGUGCUGCAGAGAAGACGAAGCUGGACGAGAAACCGAGAAAGGAAGCAGAGCGGGAGAUGGAGGGAGAGCGAGAGGUGGCGUCUCCAGGACUGUCCCAGCCUUGUUCCUAUUUCAUGCUGGACUCUGAGGAUGCUGCAAAACCAGACACUGCAAAAACAACCUCAGAGAAGGAAGACGAAAAGCAAACCUUCGGUGCGUCCAAGUACGAUCCGUACGAAAAGCCAAUUCCAAAAGACCACGACUCGGAGUCCAGAGAAGAGAGCGAGGUGUCUCUAGGCUUCGAUCACGCCUCUGAUAUCGGCAUCGACGAUAACAGAAGAACAAGCCAGUCGGAUGUCGGAGGAGCCAUGUUCCUCCUGGACGAUCAGUACAAAGAAGAGCCUCUGUCCUUCAGCAGGGUCGACUACAGCCCUGUGUCGCUCACAGAGAGCGAGAGGAGCAGCCACCGCAGCCGAAGUGCCUCACCAAGAUACGAAGACAGAGAAAAAGGCCAAGAGGAGGAGAGGGAGAGAGAAGAAAGGCCCGACACACCUUAUGUUGACAAGAGCUUUUCAUCCGUAGACAUGCAGGAUAACAAAAUGUCUGCUGAGUCGUAUUCUUUCACUCCCAAAGAGGAUAAACCUGAGAAAUCCGAGAAAGAGAAAGAGGAUGUGAUGGAAGGUGCUGCAGCAGCAACUGUUCAAACAGCAGCUGCAGGAGAAAGUGAUACGGUCUCUACCAGUGCAGCGGUUCAAUCAGCAGGCGCUUCAUUAAGACAAGAUACACCCUCUCCCUCCUGGAGCCAGACAGAUCUCGGUGCCCAGGUUUCAGUUAGUCCUGUAGCUUUUGGGGAAUCAACGGAAAAGAAAACAACAGAAAAAGAGACAGAAAAAUCUGCUGAGUCUAUCAAAUCUGAUCAGGAAAAAGAGGGAUCUCCAUCUGGUCGGCAUUCACCUGCAGAAAAAGACAUUUUACCUCAACAAGCAUCACCUUUAAAGAAAGAAGAGACUUCGAGUGACUCAAGAGCUCCAUCUGCUGCCACAUGUUCAGGACAUGAAGUAGACGAUAAUGUUCUGGCAUCUGACAACAGUCAAAUGAGCAGCUCCGCCUCUGGUAAAUCCAUGUUAGACUUUCCUGAUGGGAAACAGAGCCUGAUAGAUAAAAGGUUACUCGUAGAAGGAGAAGAUUUCAAUGUUGAUGACGAUGAAGACGAAGAUGAGGAUGAGGAGGAGGAAGAAGAGGAGGAGUUAAGUGAUGUAGACAUGGAAAAGGGAGCGAGAGAACAGUCUGAGAAGGAAAUGUGCAGGCGUAGCUCUGGUGAUAGUGCAGCGAUAGCAGAGGUAGAGGACUCAAACAAAAAGGCUCAGCUGCCUGAAUCAAGCUUCCUCAAGGAGGAAACGAUCUGCAAACCAACACCUGACGAUGCCUCCCCUGAAGACAAGCAGGACGUGAGUAAAAAACCACCAUCGCCUGAGACGAAACCACCAUCUACUGAAACAAAACCACCAUCCCCUGACACAAAACCACCAUCCCCUGACAUAAAACCACCAUCUACUGAGACAAAACCACCCUCAACUGAGACAAAACCACCAUCUCCUGAAACUAAACCACUAUCCCUUGACACAAAACCAUCAACUGAAACAAAACCACCAUCCCCUGACAUAAAACCACCCUCUCCUGACAUAAAACCACCAUCCCCUGACACAAAACCACCCUCUACUGAGACAAAACCACCAUCUCCUGAAACUAAACCACUAUCCCUUGACACAAAACCAUCAACUGAAACAAAACCACCAUCUCCUGACAUAAAACAACCAUCUACUGACACAAAACCCCCAUCUCCUGACAUAAAACCACCAUCUACGGAGACAAAACCAUCUACUGACACAAAACCACUAUCUACUGAAACAGAACCACCAUCCACUGACACAAAACCAUCUAUGGAAACAAAAACACCAUCUACUGAAACAAAACCACCAUCCCCCGACACAAAACCAUCAAUUGAAACAAAACCACCAUCUACUGAAACAAAACCACCAUCUCCUGACUUAAAACCACCAUCCCCUGACACAAAACCACCAUCUACUGAGACAAAACCACCAUCCCCUGACAUAAAACCACCAUCCCCUGACACAAAACCACCAUCUCCUGACUUAAAACCACCAUCCCCUGACACAAAACCACCAUCUACUGAGACAAAACCACCAUCUCCUGACUUAAAACCACCAUCCCCUGACACAAAACCACCAUCUACUGAGACAAAACCACCAUCCCCUGACAUAAAACAACCAUCUCCUGACACAAAACCCCCAUCUAUUGACACAAAACCACCAUCUCCUGACAUAAAACAACCAUCUCCUGACACAAAACCCCCAUCUAUUGACACAAAACCACCAUCUCCUGACAUAAAACCACCAUCUACAGAGACAAAACCAGUUCCUGACACAAAACCCCCAUCCACUGACACAAAACCACCAUCUCCUGACACAAAACCACCAUCCACUGAAACAAAACCACCAUCUCCUGACACAAAACCCCCAUCCACUGACACAAAACCACCAUCUCCUGACACAAAACCACCAUCCACUGAAACAAAACCACUAUCUCCUGACACAAAACCACUCAAAGAAGAGGAUUCAGCCGCAUCCAAACUUCCUGAGACAAAGAGUGAAGAUGUAGGUAAAAGUCCGUCACCAGUGAGUUCUGACAGAAUGGACACGCCAUCAGAAGCUCCAAAACUUCUUGAAACAAAGAAAGCUGAGGACACAGACAUGACACAGACAUAUCUUUUGUCUCCUCAACCAACCACAAAGAGAAGGCUGUCCUCAGCGGGAGAUUUCCCCCCCUCUUAUGAAUUACUAAAGUUGAGAAAAGAAGAUGACGACCAAGUGUCACCAAGCUUUCUGACAAAGGAAACCUGUCAACCAACGUCCACAAGCAGCUUGACAGGCAGCUUUUUGCCUCCGUACCAUUCAGAGUCCACGCCCGAGCCUACAUCCAGUCCCUCCCCUCCUCUAAGCGCUAGCUAUGCUGACAUGGGACACAGCAGAUCUGAAGGUUAUUCUGAGCAUUUUUACAGCGAGGAGAGUCACGUAGGAUCGAAGGAGGAUAAGAAGGAAACCUCAGAUGCCUCUAAGCUGUCCAAGCCUAGCGAUGAUAAAUAUUUCAGCCAAAGAGAAGAAGAAGAAAGUCUGGAUGAGAGGCAGUCACUUGAUAUCACCACAAAACGUAAGGAAACCGCCUCAUCACCUUGCACAUACACCACCUUAACAUACUCUACUUCAACGUACUCCUCCACGUCAUACAGCUACUCGUCAACCUCAGCAUCCUCGCCUUCGAGCCAAAGGUUUGAAUCUCAAUCUUUCACGAUGUUACCAAGCUCUGGAGUACCUUUAGCUAAAGAGGAGUCGUCUUUCAAGAAAGAGUCUUCAGGCUCCUGCUACGGAGGCUUUAAGAGAGACGAGUACAUGGAGGUGGCGACGAAACCUGUAGCGAAAGUGUCUUUACCCGGUCAGUUUGAUGAAACCAAACCAUCACCUCCAGCCUUGUCUACCACUGCCAAACAGACUGAGGAUCAAGCCGGCGCUGCAAAGCCUGCAACCAAGUCGAGCACGGAUAGUUUUUAUAUGCUAGAAACCAAGAUUACAACCUCCGCAGCAGCAGGAGCAGCAGCAGCAGCACUGUCUUUACAAGGUAUUGAUCCAGUAAAGGUGUCGGAGAGUUUAUCCACAUCUGAGGCUCGCUUUGAUGUCUCUCCCCUCCAAAGGGCUGACUCCUCUGAAAAGGCGUCCCAAGAGUCAUCGGAAGAAGAGGAGCCUGUUACACUUGAAAUGGAGGACAGUACCCUACCGUGUCGUAUUGAAUGUCAAAAAUUCCAAGUGGCUGAGCAAAUGGAGAGUUAUUCAUCGAUAACUGAGUCACAUGUGGUGGAAAGCACCAAGCAGUCCACAGAGACGAAGACUGUCACCGUUACAACUACGACUGUUGUGUCUAAACCUGAUUCAGUGAUGGAAACAACUCAACAGACACCUUCUCCCACUUCACUGAGUGACAGUGGAGCAACAAAAACCACAUGCACCACAACAGAUGUCUCCAAAACAGAGGAGAAAACACCGGAGAUGAAAGAGGAAAAGACGAUUGGAGCCGUUGCACCUUUGAAGGAAGCUGAAAAGAUGGCGAGUGAAGUCAAGGAGGAAAAGAAAGUGGAGGAAAAGGCGUGUAAAGACGAAGAGAAGAAGGCGACAGCUGAUCCAAAGAUGUGUGAAAAGGCAGAAGAUGGUAAGAAAGGAGAGGCAGAAAGACUAGAGGAGAAGAGCUUGUUGGAGAUGCCAGCGGAGAGGUUAGAGGUGAGGAGGAGGAGCAGUAUAUCUGACUGGGAGAUGCUACAGAGGCCUGACGACUGCCCCAGUGCUCCUCCUCCAGGAUACGGUGAUGAUGAGGAGGAGGAGGAGGAAGAAGAAGAAGAAGCGAUGGAAGCGAUGGAAUGGAUGACCAGUGUCCAGGCUACCUCGGCGCCCUCCUCAAAAGAAUCCUACCCCACAGAAACGUCCAGCAAAGGAGGCGUAAGGGCUGAUCGUCCCUCCGACCUGGACACCGGAGCCACCUCCUCCUGCGCCUCGCCUCCCGGCUACUCCUCCUGCGAGUACAAGCACCGCAAAGGAGAACUUUCCCCGUCGUUCAUCAACCCGAGCCCUCACCAGCUCUCCAGCGACGAGGGCGAGGAGGACGGCGGCCGCAGCGACCGCUCCCAGGACGGCGACGAGGACGACCAGGAGCAGCACUCCGUGAAGAGGAGGUCGCACAAGCAGCGGCGCCACCACUCCCCGAGUUACCAUGGAGACGCUGGGCAGGGGCCGCCGCAGGCGCCGCAGCCUGGCGGCAUGUCGUCCGGCCUGGCCGUGACGUUAGCCGGAGAGGAAACGCCUCCGACGUCGGCCAGCGAGUCGUUGCCGUCGCAGUCCGAUUCUGACGUUCCCCCGGAAACAGAGGAGUGUCCGUCCAUAACGGCCGAAGGAAAUCUGGACUCGGACGAAGAUGCCGAACAUCUGCCGGUGGACAAGUUAUCUGGCGCUGGUGGCGGCCACCACCCUCCGUCCCCGAGGUCGGCCCAGAAGACUCACGAUCCCCCUCCCACCCCGAUGAAGGACCCCCACCCCCACCCUCCACACCCGGACGUGUGCAUGGUCGAUCCAGAAGCUCUGCUCAAUGACCACAACAGCACAGAGAAACUUAUGAAGAAGGAGCACAAGACCACCAAGGGCCUCAGAAAGGGCAAACCCAAGUCCGCCUCCCCCGCCCGCAAGGGGGAGGUCCGGAAGAGGUCCUCCACUCCGGUGAAGCAGACCUCCAAGGACUCGGCCUCUCCUCGAUCAGCCUCCCUCCGGAGGAAGGACACGGACAGGAGCUCCCGGCUGAUCAAGAUGUCCGAGAACCAAGGAUCCAGGAGCGAGAUCCUGAACCCGGGGAAGGGCUUGGUCAACGGCGUCAAGAGCAGUUCAGGUAACAACUCUCAGAAAGCGAGCACUGCCGUCCCCCCCGGACCGCCGGUUUAUGUCGACCUGGCCUACGUGCCCAACCACUGCAGUGCCAAGAACGUGGACCAGGAGUUCUUCAAGAGAGUGCGCGCUUCGUACUACGUUGUGAGCGGGAACGAUCCGGGCAGCGGGGAGCCCAGCCGCGGAGUCCUGGACGCCCUGCUGGAGGGCAAGGCUCAGUGGGGCUCCAAUCUACAGGUGACUCUGAUCCCGACCCACGACACGGAGGUGACCCGGGACUGGUACCAGCAGACCCACGAGAGGCAGCAGGACCUGAACAUCAUGGUCCUGGCCUCCAGCAGCACCGUGGUCAUGCAGGACGAGUCCUUCCCCGCCUGCAAGAUCGAGUUCUGAGCUCCACCAGCCCCGCUGCUCCUCCUCCUCCUCCUCCUCCUCAUCUGCUCCUUCAAAGCUUCUCGCUCUCUCCAACAUCCGCUGCAGCCCUCGAUACACUAGAUUCUGUUAGCUGAUCUCUGGGUUUCUGCUCUCUGUGACAAUAAUACCGUACUUUCUGUUUGUUUCCUCCUGUGAGUCUCCACACGUCUCAUACUGGCAACAGUCGUGGUAAAAGAUUCGUCUUAUCUUCAUUACUGCAGCCGUUAGGGCUGUUCUCGACUAAAGACGUGCGUUCUUAGUGGAACAUUUUAUCGAUUUGUUGAAUGAAAUCACAAAUCGAUCAAGUUUCUCCACAAACAAUCCUGCAAAAGCAUCAUCUUGCUCUGGAAAUAAGUCAUUCAGCGUGACGAAAAACAUAAAAAAAUGACAAAUCUACUAAAGAAAUAUGAGUCUAUUAACACCAAAAUGAGAAAUAAUCCACUAAGAGAGGGGACAGCCCUAACAAUCACACAUCAGCGCUUUCUUUGCCUCAUAUCUAACAGACGCCACAGUUAAUCAACUUUAGUCGUUCUUAAACUGAAAAUCUCUAUUAGAAAAGUGGCAAAUUUCUCAUCUAAAAGGCCAAACCAGGUGCCAAACACUGUUUGUUGACAGUGUUUCUUUAGACGAUUAGACUUUUUAUUUUCCAUCUUGUGCACAUGACGACUUCUGAUCACGCUACCGUAGCUUUUUUUGGAUUAACUCGACUUAAAUUAUUACGACAUAAAUUGAUGUUAACGUAAAAGACAAAAAAAAAACAACAAAAAAAAGAUGUUUUAAAAAAAAAUACAAAGUUCCUUCUCGUCAUUCGUGGUGAAGUUUUUCGGACGGUGCCUGAAGUUGUUUGACAUGUUUCUUCUGGGCUUCUAGCUGGUGCAUGAUGCUUGCCUUUUAGCUCGGACUCUUUCAGCCCCGCGGCGGCGAGGAAUUAACCCUUUCUGCGCCGCGGGUUUACGACACUGUUUGGCUGUCUGUGCUCAGUGAAGUGUGUAGGCAGACAGGAGCGUGUCCGUACAGUAAUCAUAUCUCUGCUGGAUGUAACGGUUCCUCUUUAUCACGAAACAUAAUGUUCCUAUCAGAGCUUAUGGUGAAGAAAUUAUAUAUAUUUUGUGACGAUGCAGCUUGUUAAGAGGGAGUUUUUCUGACCAUAAGAAGGUUUAAUUAUCCGUCAUUUCCUCCUGUUCAGCUACACUUUUUAACGUCGAUAUAUUUCACGAAGAGAUGGAAACAAAUGUGACAAAUGUAGCAAAGGAAGCUUCGGAGUGAGAGGCAAUAUUUCUAUUUAUUAUUCUGGAGGUUUAUGAGUGACAGGAGGCUUCUCUCAUGUGCCUUUAGCUCGUGGUUUUUGGAGAAAGAGAGAGAAAGAGAGAGAGAGGGGGAUGUUUUAAGGACAUGUCAGCCAUUUUUUAGAGGCAGAAAGCAGGGUAAAAAAACAAGAACACCACUUUGAAAUAAAAGGACCAAUCACAACGCACAAACACUGAAUAUCCACACUCUGAAAUAGUUCAUGACGUCUUAACUCGGCGUUAAUUAAAGAAAAACAAAGCCACUUUCAAACAAUCAUGAAUGUCUUCGAGCAAAGUGUUGCACCAAAUAGGAAUGUAGUGAGGAGAGUUUAGUGGAAGCACAGGGAGGAAAACGUUUCUGUAUUAUAAAAGAAUGUGUGAAAAGAAGUUCCUCCAAACAUAUAGAGAUAAUAUUGAAGCUAAUAUUAAUCAUCCCAGAGUAAUAUUUAUAGAAUGAGCAUGAAUGAGAUGAUGAUGAUUAUAAUAAUAACGCACUGGAUGCAAAUAUAAAGUAGGAAUGUUCUUAAGGUAGUUUUACGUGUGUGUGUGUGUGUGUGUGAGCAGCUGUUUUUAUGAACGCAGCAGUUUAUUUGUGAUGGUGAGAGAGUUUUCUGUGUGUUCAGUCGGACUGGAGGGUCGAUUCAUCACGAUUUUCUGAUUUUUUUUUCUAUUAUUUUUGUUCAUCAAUCAGAGGAAAAUGUGACGUGUUUGAUCUUAACUUGGAUGCCAGAUAAAUGUAACUAAAAAUGUUAUUUAUUAGUCAUUACUCUUUUUAAAAGUCAUAUUGUUUCUUUACUUAUUUCUCCCUGCAAACAUCAAACUUGUUACAAUAGUACUUUUCUGUUAAACUCACAAUAUAAUGGCGAAAUAUAAAGAACUGCAUCAUCAAGGCACAUAGAUUUAUAAUCGUUUAUAUUGAAAAGUUGCUACUUUUGCCUGUAUUAUAUUCAAAAUAUUAAAAAAAGUCCCAAGUCUACAAAGAGAGAGGCUUCAAAUCUACGAAAAAAACAACCAUCAACUAUUAUCGGCUCACGUUGUUUAACUCUUUUUAACAGCAGUAAAUUGAGCAGCAGACAGGAAAUAUCUGAUAUAAACCAGAUAUUAUGGUUCGUAUGAUGCGUAUGAUUUUUUAUGAAAAGUUUUGCAUCACAAUAUCCUACAAAAUGUGAUGUCACAACCUCUGUUUUCAACACGUCGCUGCUGUUUUACACCAUGAUCUCUGUUUUAAAGUAGUUGAUGCUGUAAAACCAGCGUAAACACCAAAAAAAAGCCUUUUUAGGAAAAAAACUACAUUUUGUGAUGAUGCAAACAGAAUAGAUGGAUGGUUAUGUUUAAAAAACUACUUCCAGAUAUAAAAUAUAUAACAGUUUUCCUGGUUGAAGGAACAGAAUUUGACCCGUCUGACAAAAUUACAUUUCACUGCAUUACUUUUAAGUUCUUCGAUUGUUUUUACGCACAAUUUAAGAUCAAAUCUGCACAAACGAUGCGUGCACGAGGCCAUUUCUUCUCCUUAGAAUAACAAAUUUACAUCUGCAAUUAAUUCUGUUCUUAAUUUUCUCCAGGAAAUAUCUUAUAUAAACCAGAUAUUAUGGUUCGUACGGUUCGUAUGAUUUUUUAUGAAAAGUUUUGCAUCACGAUAUCCUACAAAAUGUGAUGUCACAAGCUCUGUUUUCAACACGUGAUCGCUGUUUUAAAGUAGUUGAUGCUGUAAAACCAGCGUAAACACCAAAAAGAAAAGCCUUUUAGGAAAAAAACAUUUUGUGAUGAUGCACGAAGCGAUGCAAACAAAAUAGAUGGAUUGUUACGUUUAAAAACUACUUCCAGAUAUAAAAUAUAUAGCAGUUUUCCUGGUUGAAUGAAAAGAAUUCGACCCGUCUGACAGUCAAAAUUAACUUCCACUGCAUUACUUUUAUGUUAUUUGAUUGUUUUUACGCACAAUUUAAGAUCAAAUCUGCACAAACGAUGCGUGCACGAGGCCAUUUCUUCUCCUUAGAAUAACAAAUUUACAUCUGCAAUUAAUUCUGUUUUUCAUUUUCUCCAGAAAAAAAGCUUUUUAUGCACAUUUCUUCUAAAGAGGAAACAUAUGAAUUGCAUUGCACGCGUGUUACUGAGUUUUUAGAGUUGUGAUGGAGGAUCUUAUUAUUAAUGACAGACUGAUUGUUGUUUGUUUGGUAGCUGGGACCAGUGCCAUGUCCUCCCCGUCCCAACGCUCAGACUACCGUCACACCUCGUCCUCCUCAUCCUCCUUUAUGCACCUCCUGCUGAUAACAGCUUUAGUUUUGAUCCCAGUGGGGAGAGUUUGAUGCAGGUUGUAUAUUAAUUAUGAAACUGAUGAACUUGAGGGGAACGACUCCAUUAAAAACAAGCAAAGCGUCCUGUUCCCCCUCUGCUGCUGCUGCUGCUGUGUGGACGGAUGGCAGCAGGAUUCGUCCUGCUGUCUGUGAAUAAUGUUUUUAAGUUGGCAGAUUCCAAAAACCCAGCCUUGAGACGUUCAAGGCCUCAGAAGAACGCUGUGAAUUAUCAAUACUGAACUGUAUGACUGUACAGGAGCCGAAUGCACUAUAGAGGAGAUCUAUUUUUCUGAAUGUAGAGUUGGUUCGACCGUACGAUGCUGCUGGAUACAAAACAAUAGAGAAAAUAUAUAUAAAUAAAUAAAACACAAUAAACUACUCACACCAGCCCGGACAGAAACACUUUAGGGAGCGCAGAGUGCAAAAAAAAAGGUCUUAAAACAAGAUAAAAGCACUAAAUCUGAGGGGAAUUAUCCUGCUGCAUGGACAGAUAAUUUACCUUGACAAGAUUUAUUAAAUUAAAAUUUAUUAAAUCUAAAAAGUACGCUUAAAAUAAGAAAUUAACUCUUAAAACAAGAUCAAAUCUGUGCAUGCAGCGGAAUAAUUCCCCUCAGAUUUAGUGUUUUUAUCUUGUUUUUUUACCUUUUUUGCAGAGUGAGCAGAGUUCAGAUCUGCUCCAGGGGAGAAAAAGUUUGAAGAUUUGUGACGCGACAGAACGUAACAAUCCCAAAACAAACAACAACAACAACAAACAACAACAUAAACAGAAACAGAACUAACUGCAGCUGCAACUUUUCCUUUUCCUGAAUAUGACUUGAAACACAUGCAGACUCAAAAAAACAAAACAAAAAAAACAUCUGUGAAAUUAAACCAACGCGACUCGUUGUACGUUUAUAUUUGCGUACGUCUGAAAGAUAAACAAACAAACAAACAAACUUUCAGCUGGUUUUUAGUGACAGUAUUAUAAACUGCUAACUUCUCCUCGAGCCGAGAAAACUCACACAAACCGCAGACAAGACACAGAAUGAAAAAAUAAAAAUAAAACCGUGCAUCUUUGCGUUUAGUUUCAUGGCCAUCCUGCAUUGAAACGAAGAUUUCAUUUGAUCACACUACGGAUCAUCGUCCAUUAAUCUCUGCAUGUGAUUGAUUUAGUUAUAAUCCUGAAUGUAAUUGUUUAACAUGGAAAUAAUAAUAAUAAUGAUAAAAAAUACAAUGCUAUUUUAAAGAGGUAUAUUUGAAAAAAAAAGCAAAAAAAAAGCUACUUGUCUUAAUGAACUGACCUACAGUAAUAUAAUAAUAUAAUACUGGGCUGUGCUUUUAUUGUUUAACAUGUUGUUAAGAAGACGCUGUUUAUUCUCUCUCUCUCUCUCUCUGUCUAUCUCUCUAUCUCUCUCUCUUUUCUUUUGCAUUGUAAUAAUCUUAGUUAUGUUUUUCUUCCUCAGUGCAAUAUUCAAUAUCUCUGUCUCUUUAAAUCUAACUGGUAAACUAGAACUCCUGCAGAUUCAUUGUAAAAGGGAAACAGCCUGGUGAUCAUCAAUUAAAGUACAUUUAAAUCUU